AUGGCAGCUGCUGCGGCUUCUAGGGGAUUCAUGACGCCGUUUAAUUUCAGGCUGAGGAGAAGUGAUGUGGCGGCUUUGAAUGAUAAGAAUGGGGUUUUGGAAGUGCGGAGGAAGAAGAGGAGGCUGUUGAUGAGUGAUUGGGGGGUCGUUAAGUGUUGCUGUUCGGAUUCGGUUGUUCCGAUUCGGAUGGCUACAGGAUCGGGUAAGAAUGUGGAGAAGUCUGAGGACUGGAGAGUCGACAUGAAGCAGAGUCAGAAUUCUCGGGUUCGGGCCCCGGCUAUGCGCUUUGCUUCUCAUCAACCUCGAUUUAUUUCAAAACAAGAUAAAUUCUUUCCUCGCUGCAGUCCAAGAAAUUCAGGUCCUCAGUCUCGUGAUUCUCCCCCUAAACGAGAUACCGGUAUUGCAAACGAGAAAGACUGGGGUAUCAGUUUGUUAAAUGAAAAUGUUAAUGAAUCUGGGACCAAUGAAGAUGGCAGUACUUGGUAUCGAGAAAGUGGGGAGGAUCUUGGAGAAAACGGUUACAGAUGUAGAUGGACGAGAAUGGGUGGUCAGAGCAAUGAUGGCACCUCAGAGUGGAAAGAAACUUGGUGGGAGAAAAGUGAUUGGACUGGAUACAAAGAGCUAGGUGUUGAGAAAUCUGGAAGGAAUGCGGAAGGAGAUUCUUGGUGGGAAACGUGGCGAGAAGUUCUUCACCAAGAUGAAUGGAGUAACCUAGCUAGGAUAGAGCGAAGUGCACAGAAACAAGCAAAAUCAGGAACAGAAAAUGCAGGGUGGUAUGAAAAUUGGUGGGAAAAAUAUGAUGCUAAAGGCUGGACUGAGAAAGGGGCACAUAAAUACGGUAGAUUGAAUGAACAAUCAUGGUGGGAAAAGUGGGGAGAGCAUUAUGAUGGAAGAGGAUCAGUCCUAAAAUGGACAGACAAAUGGGCUGAGACUGAACUUGGUACCAAGUGGGGAGACAAGUGGGAAGAAAAAUUCUUUGCUGGCAUUGGUUCGCGUCAAGGGGAGACAUGGCAUGUAUCACCCAGUGGUGAAAGAUGGUCGAGAACAUGGGGUGAAGAGCACUUUGGCAAUAGCAAAGUGCACAAGUAUGGCAAAAGUACAACUGGAGAAAGCUGGGAUAUUGUGGUAGAUGAAGAAACAUAUUAUGAGGCUGAUCCCCAUUAUGGAUGGGCCGAUGUUGUGGGUGAUUCAACGCAGUUGCUGUCCAUCCAACCCCGGGAAAGACCUGAUGGAAUCUACCCUAAUCUUGAUUUUGGCUCUACUCCGCCUACAGGUGAACCACCAGAUGAAUCUUCCUCAUUACAAUGA